AUGUCGCACUUUUUAGACGAAAGUAGCCUGAAUAUUUACAUGGUAAGUUCAAAAGCUCAUUCAAUUAGGGGUACACUCACAGUAGUUGAAACACCAACCGCUUGUAAUGUUACACAUACUAUAAUGGGGGCUAUCACAGCAGAUUAUGCUAUUUUGAAUGAAAUUAAGGAGCCUUUUAAGCCCAAGAAAGUAAAGGUCGAUGGAAGUAUGAAAAGAAAGAAGCCGGGGUAA